AAGCAGACAGACCAUACAUGGAUAUUACAGAUGCCCAGUGGACAUGUGAAGGAAGACUUGUGCCAGUGUCCCUUGAGAUGGUUUCUGUGCCCGAGCUGGUUGUCUAUCGGUUUGGAAUCUUUGUAGCCCAGCUAGUGAAGAGAUCAAUCAAUGCUCCGGAGAUCGGUAUCCUUCUCGCCUCAAGUUUGCCGGCUAACAAUUACACGCACAAUGCUUUCCGCAAUUCCUUUUUUUAUCAGCAUUCUCAGAAAAUAUUGUUUAUACGAAGACAACAGCUGGCAUCUGUGGGUACCUUCUCGGUCCUUCUGGUGCACUGUCUGUCUCACCUUGCCACAGAUGAGCUCAGUGAUGACUCCAAUCCUCUGUUCCUUCAGCUCUUUCACCAGGCGUUGAAGACUUUGUUCGAAGACAUGUUCUUCAUCAGAUUCCAGAUUCUGCCUCCUAUGAAUGCACAUAAGCCAAGAGCCCCGACAUCAAACAAAUUAUUCCAAAAAGAAUUCGACCUGGAAAUCUAUACUGAUGCAAUUUCUGAUUUACUGAAUUUCGAUAUGAAGGAUUCACAAGCCUUAACAAUGUUUGCAGAGCAAUUGCAGCAGCGCACAGAAGCUUGGAACAGCAAGACAACUGGGACACCAUCGAAAGACCAACAAGCUGACAUAAUAAAGGAAUGUCUGCAGAGCGAGAGUGAAAUACAGAAGGACAAUGGAAUUUUCUUCAAAUCCAAAUCAGAACUGGACCUGGAAGAGAUUGAAGAGAAGAUAGAUAAUAUAACCAUGGAGCUCUCUGCAAUCUUUGACGCAGAGCAGAAGGUGCAAUGGAGCAUGGUGUCCAUCUCCAAGAAAAGAGCCUUCCUAAAGGAAAUUGAAGAAUUGGAAACAGAAUUAGAUAGCAAGAAAAAAUGAACUUUUCCCUGAUGUCCUACCAUUGUACUACUGCGCCUGGUAAAAUCAUACAUUCAUGAGGAAAAUUUGGCAGGGCUACAGGGAAAAGCAUUGAAGUGGGACCAGUCAUAAAUGGGUGGCAAGGUGGCUCAAUGGUAGGCACUACUGCCUCACAGCUUCAGGGAUCUGGGUUCAA